AUGUGGGGAUUUUUGCAAGCCGUAUUACUUAUCGUAAACUCUCUGGCAAUCCUUAAUGAAGAGCGCUUUCUAGUUCCUUACGGUUGGGGUUUCCAGGAGAUGUCCAGUGGCAGAAUAUCCCCUUUGAAAGCGCAGAUUAUCGGUCUACUUCAUGCAGUGCAAUACCUACGAGUGCCAUUGAUAGGUUUGAACGUCAUCACAAUAGUUUUCAAACUUCUUUUUGCUUGA